AUGCAAGAGCAAAACUCCACUACUGACUCCGUUGCAAUCGAUCAAGAGAAUCCUGAUUCCGUUCUUCAAUCCGACUCUUCUAAACUGGAAUCAAAGAUUGAAGAAAAACAGCAGGAAGAAGAACAAGUGGAAGAACGCGGCGAAGAAGAUGAAGAAUUGAGAAGGCUUUUGUUGCCUAACGCCGUGGAUCUGCCCAUAACUCCUCCUUCUGCUGUUGAAGCCAAUUUCACAACCUUUUUCGCUCCGGAUUUUAUGAAGCCUGGGCAUGAUCAGUAUGUUCGCCGCCAUGCCAAUGGGCUGUGUGUUAUUGGUUUGGCUCCAUCUCAUGUGGCAUUUAAGGACAAUGGCGGAAUUACUUCUGUAGAUUUUAAUGUGGGGAAGUCUGAUAGGAGUGAGAUUAAAGUUACAGGAAAGCGAAAAAAGAAUGCACAACACUUUGAAUCCAAUAGUGCACUAUGUAAAGUGUGCACUGGUGAUGCUGCUUACAUAGUGAGGUGCUGUGUAAAAGGCUCACUGUUGGAAGUCAAUGAAAGGUUAAUCAAGCAACCAGAAUUGCUCAACACAUCGCCAGAAAGAGAGGGAUACAUUGCAAUUAUCAUGCCAAAGCCUGCUGAUUGGCUCAAGUUUUAUUGCCAGGUGAAAAGGAAUAGGGUAAGUUUGGACAUAACUUCUGCUGUAUUGGAUCUGCAGUAA